CUACGGAGCUAAUGGAGUUAGCUUAGCUUAGCUUGCUAGCAGGAAGUAGACGGACGCGAACGUGAUGUAACUUAGCAACACAGCGCGCAUCAGAGUGAGCAGACAGUUUUUAACGGAGUGAGUCUGGAGGAAAAGCUGCUGUGAAGCUGUAAAAAUGUUUAAAAUCCAGAACGAGGAGGAACUUUGUGGACAACGCAAACUACUGGACGCUGUUUUCCAGCCUGAAGUCCGGCUGCACAGAGCAGACAUCCAGCUGCUGUUGGCGAGUAAAGAAGAGGAUCCCCCUGAGCAGCAGGACUGGAGCCCCAGUCUGGACCAGGAGGACCCACCAGAGCCCCCACACAUUAAAGAGGAACCGGAGGAACUCUGGACGAGUCAGGAGGGAGAGCAGCUUCAAGGGCUGGAGGAGGCGGAUAUCACCAAGAUCACAUUCACUCCUGUCCCUGUGAAGAGUGAAGAAGACGAUGAAGAGAAACCUCAGUCCUCACAGCUUCAUCUAAGACUAAGUGAAAAGAUGAAAACAGAAGCUGAUGGAGAGGACUGUGGAGGACCAGAACCAGCCAGGAACUCAGAUCCAGCUAUUCAUGACAAGACGCCAGACUCCUCUGAACCUGAGACUGAUGACAGUUGUGACUGGGAUGAGACCAGGGAACCUCAGUCAGGUUUAAACCCUCUGCAAACUAACAUUGGAUGUAACACUGGUGAGAAAUCAUUUAGCUGCUCUGAGUGCGGUAAACAAUUCAGCCAUAACUCAAGUCUGAAGAGACACAAGAGAACGCACACAGGAGAGAAACCAUUUAGUUGUUCUGUCUGUGGUAAAGGAUUCAGACAAAAGGAACAUCUGAGACAACACAUGAGAAUCCACACAGGAGAGAAACCAUUUAUUUGUUCUGUCUGUGGUAAAGGAUUCAAAAAAAAGGAACAUCUGACACACCACAUGACACUCCACACGGGGGAGAAACGAUACUGCUGUACUGUUUGUGGCAGAGGAUUCACUCGGCUUUAUCGACUUAAAAACCACCAGUGUGUUGGUCAUCAGUCCUCACAGCUUCAUCAAAGACUAACUGAACAGAUGAAAACAGAAGCUGAUGGAGAGGACUGUGGAGGACCAGAACCAGCCAGGAACUCAGAUCCAGAUAGAAAUUUACAACCAGCUACUCAUGACAAGACGUUGGACUCCUCUGAACCUGAGACUGAUGACAGUUGUGAUUGGGAGGAGACCAGGGAACCUCAGUCAGGUUUAAACCGUCUGCAAAACAAUGAAGUACCUGUAAGUGAUCAGGAAUGUAAUACUGGAAAAACAUCAAGUAGCUCCUCUGAAUGUGCUACAAGCUUUGGCCACAAGGGACAUCUGCAGGAACAAGAUGGACUCCAAACAGGAGAGAAACCAUUUAGUUGCUCAGUUUGUGGUAAAAGAUACCUCGGGAAGAACUCCUUAUCGUCUCAUAUGAGACUUCAUUCAGAAGGAAAACGUUUCACGUGCUCAGUUUGUAAAAAAACUUUUCAGCGGAGAGCAGACAUCGUGAGGCACAUGAGAAUCCAUACAGGAGAGAAACCCUUCAGUUGUUCUGUCUGUGGUAAAAGAUUCACACAAAGCUCAGCUUUAAACAAGCACUUAAGAGUUCAUACUGGAGAAAAACCUUUCAGCUGCUCAGUAUGCAAAAAAACUUUUCAACAGAGAGAUACUGUUGUGGUGCACAUGAGAAUCCACACAGGAGAGAAACCCUUCAGUUGUUCUGUCUGUGGGCUAAGAUUUACACAAAGAUCAACUUUGUCACAACAUAUGAGAAUGCACACUGGGGAGAAACCAUUUAGUUGUUCAGUUUGUGGUAAAGGAUUCACUCAGCUUGCUCACAUGAAAAACCACAAGUGUGUUGGUAAGAGCAGUCAGGUAUUUCUGCCUCCGAAGCUGCAGAGUCUGGUUCUGCGAUUGUGGGCCACCUGCUACUACAGUUUGCAUUUGAACCUUUAUGUCUUCACUUUGGGUUUUGGACUUCAAAAUUCAAUAAGGAUCGAACCCACUAAAUACUCGUGUGCAAUAUACUCUGAGUUUAAUAUUCCCUAUUUAUCCUAUUUUACCAUACUUAUAACUCCAUAUUACUGCUGUGCAAUAUGCACCGUCUAAUAAUCUGGUUAAUCUCCAACACUUAAGUUAACUGUACUCAUUAUUGCACUAUUACUUGUAUUAUUAUACUGUACGUAGUUAUUAACUUGUAAAUCCACUUUUGUACUUACACUUAUUUUAGCUUUUAUACUUUAUAUCCACUUUAUACUUACUGACGUGACAGUGAGCAGCUGUAAUGAAAGAGUUUCCCCUUGGGGAUCAAUAACUAACUUGACAUCUCCUCUCUCCUUAUGUCGCUCUCAGCAGGUAUUUCUGCCUCUGGAGCUGCAGAGUCUGGUUCACAAACAUGACACACUGAGACAUCAACUGGCCAGGAAGUACCUGGAAGAGGAGCUUGACAAGUGGGCCAAAAUGUCCCACACGCUGACACUGAGAGAGAGUGUCUGAGAACA